CAUUUGAGCUCAUUAAUGGCGGAUGCAUACCUCCACCGCUCCCAACCACCUCCGCCAUCAAUAUACACUCCCAAUCAUCCCACACCAAAGCAAAAAUCACAAAUGGCGAAGAGCACGAGCGCUCGGUUUGCGGCCGCGGUCCUCUGCUGGCUCGCGGUCGUGGGGAUCACGGCCGAGACGAUCGCGGAGAAGUGCGCGUCAGAGUUCCAGAAGGUGACGCCGUGCCUGUCGUUCGUGACGGCCAAGGCGCAGGCGCCGGGCAAGGAGUGCUGCAGCUCGGCCACCGAGCUGAAGGAGGAGGAUCCGGCGUGCCUCUGCUUUUUUAUUCAGCAGGUGCACAACGGAUCCAAUGCCGCUAUAAAGAGCCUGGGCGUGCAGGAGGCGCGCCUCCUGCAGCUGCCUGCUGCUUGUAAUUUGGCUAACGCUAGCAUUUCUGAAUGCCCUAAGCUUCUAAACCUGCCUCCAAAUUCCACAGAGGCUGCCAUCUUCACCAACGUCUCCGCGACCACGACGACACCCAGGACGCCAUCAACGACGGCGACACCCGGGAGUAAUGGGGAUUGGCUUAAACCUCAAGUUGCAGGAUGUGUGGCUAUGGCAAUCUUCCUCUUGGGGUUGAUGCCUUUUUAAACUGUGAUUUGAAUGUCAAUUUGUGAUGUAAAAUCCAUACUUUUGCUUGCAUUUUUGUGAUGUUGGACUAUGUGUUACACUCCAUUUUGAUUCACUAAGUGCGUAUUAUAUUCUAUAUAUUAGUUAAGAUA